AACAGCGGACAACUGUUAUAAGUUAUCUCGUCUCACUUUUUUCCUGCAGUUUACCUUUCACUUCUCUCUUUGUCAAAUACACACUUCAUGUCCGCCCACGAGCAUUGUCAAUGCAACGUUUAUAAAUGCAUUGCACAGAUACCUAUUGAUCCGAUCGAUCGUGAUCGAUUCGAGAUGUUUGAACGAUCUGCUAUACUAUUCCGCUCGAUACACGAAUCAACGCGACAAUCACAACAACAUUCUUUGAAAGAAACGCGUUCACAGUCAAAAUUGCCGAAAAUCAGUUCCGAGUACAAAGCAAUGGUGCAAAACUAUUUUGCGUCAAUGACGACCGGAAAGUCGUUUUCAGAAUUUGUUAAGGCUCAAGGCCAGCUUGGCGUAGGCAAACUUAAAGAGUACAAACAUCUUUUAGGAAUGUGGGAGCUUUGCGAUAUCCUCUAUUUUACAGAUGGCGAUAAGCGGAAAACAGGCACAAGGCUUUUACAAUGGAUAAAUGAUAUUGAUAAAAGUUCGCACAAUUUUGAUAUUCAAGGAAUCAUGAGAAAUCAGGAGGGUCCUAUCGAACACCGAGAUUUUUGGUCUUGCGUAAACAAGCUGAUCUUUCGACGAGAUUUCCAAAACCUUAUCCAACUCUUAAAAAAAGUCAAAAGUCAAGAAGCGACAUCAAAGGAAGCAGCACAACUGAUCGAUUAUCUUCUGUGGAUCAUCGUCGACAUACCCCCGAUACCCGACAAUCUGGACGAUAUGGUACAGACAGACAAGUACUGGAGCGAUCGCACGAGAUGGCGUGAAAAAGUGUAUAAAACAGCAAAUUCUUUGCAAAAAGCUCGUGUACCAUCCGUCAUGAUGCACCAGAAAAGUCUCCUCAGCGCACUCGGCAUUCUCCAUGGAGAACCGAAAACUAUUGCCAAUUGUGCCAGUAAUGCAGCAGAAGCCAUAAUCAGUCUAAUCGUCAACGCACAUCCAUUCGCCGCACCAAAUGACAUACGAACUAUUGCAAACAACGAACCAGAUUUAUCAUUAAAUCAGAAGGAUGAACGCUUUUAUUCAUACGCCAUGAUGAUUCAAGGAAACAUUGGCUGUGCUUUGGAGACGUUCAAACUGAAUGAUUGGUGGACACUGGUGCAUUUGGUGGACUUGUUCGGGCUGGUCGAAGAGUCAAACUAUGUCACUACGAUCGAUGUUCAACUUUUCAAUCCUGAUGAUGAUCGACGAUACGAUAUGCAUUUUCGAUCGUUCCUUAUACUUGUAUAUGUGCGCAUGCUGAGCCAGCAAAGUAGUCUCUGGCACUACGGCUUGGACUACCUAAAAACGUGCGGAACACUUGGUCGAGCGGCACUUAUGGAUUACAUUCAAUCGAUGCCUGUUGACCAUCAUUUUCAAGCAAAGAAAGUAAAGCGUCUACUGGAACAUUGUAUGGAGCGUGAUUAUGUUAAAGAAGUCGUCGAGAUCUGGAAGUGCUUGGCCGAACGUGGUAUCGAAAACACCUACUCAGAAAUCAUACGUUACUUGUGCGGUGUUGGGGAUUUUUCGUCUAUGGAGCAAAUAUGCGAAUUGGCAGUCUAUCAUUUUGCGCGCACGGGAGAGUUGACGGAUAUCGAUACUUUGGAAUCCCGGUUGGAUAAUUACAGUGAGCCAUUGCCGCAAGUUUCAUUCUUCAUCCAGUUUUACAAGCUGCAUGUUCUAUACGAAAAGCAAGAGUUUGACGAAGCUAUUGAGCUUUUGUAUGAUCUUUUGAUGUCUGACGACACUGAUCCCAAGUUUAUACCACUUCUCGUAGUCGAAGGAGGUAAUGAACUUGAAGGUAAAGAUAAAAAAAAACUAAUGAAUUUGUAAAAGUAAAGAGAGUGGUGCGAGAAGAACCUUCAAAAUUGACCGCAUCUAUUAGAAAAAUUCGCCCGGUACUCAGAAACUCAAAUCAUGUCGUUCCAAUACAUGCUGCAUGAUUUACUAAGCCGUGAUCAGCUUCCUGGAUUGGACUUGCUUGCACUCUACCUCCAACAAACCAAAACCUUUGCUGUUCAGAAUGGUACCCAGUAUCUCAAUAUAGUCAAGGAAACUUUUCGCGAUUACGUUGAAAACGUGAUAUAUCGAUGUGAUCAAUAUAAGCAAAUGAAUCUGGAUGCAGCGACAACGAGGCAACCUUUGUAUGGCCAGGAGCAGCAAUAAAAAGAAGCUAUACACAUAUACCAUAAUCUCCACCCUUCACUCUGCACGACAACCUGAAAUAAAGGAAAAAGCGGAAUGGUAUAUGGACAUAUACUGUACUGGCCCGUAACCUUUGGCGGAUGAUCAGUUGAAGUAUGAUG